CUCAGUUCACUCACGUGCGUGGUUUCGCGUUUCUAUGUACAUUGUCGCGGUUGCUAAGGCGAGACUUUGACAGGUGCUUGUGUCAAAAAUAUGACACGUUGACAGUUCGCUUUUAAUGCCACUUUCCGCGAUAGAAUACGAGCCCCAUGAGUCCAAUUCCGUGAAGGAUUCUUCAAGAUAAACCAGCAAUGUUUGUGUACCUGAGUAAGAAGAUCUCCAUACCGAACAACUUCCGACUAAACUGCAUAGCAUGGAACCAGAAGGACGGAUACAUCGCCGUGGGCGGAGAGGACGGUUUAUUAAAGGUGCUACGAGUGGACUCGGGUGUCAACGGAUCGCACAGUGGCGGAAAAUCCCGAGGUCUGGCUGCAGCGGGUAACUUGAGCAUGAAUCAGCCUCUAGAGGGUCACAACGGGCACGUUCAGGUGGUCACGUGGAACGAGGAGCAUCAGAAGCUGACGUCGAGCGACCAGAACGGCGUCAUAAUCGUCUGGAUGCUGUACAAGGGCUCGUGGUACGAAGAGAUGAUAAACAAUCGCAACAAAUCGGUGGUAAGGGGCAUGGCAUGGAGCUGCGACGGCCAGAAGAUCUGCAUCGUCUACGAGGACGGCGCCGUGAUCGUCGGCUCCGUCGACGGUAACAGAAUCUGGGGCAAGGAACUGAAGAACGUGUCCCUCUCUGCCGUGCAAUGGUCCCCGGAUGGAAAGUUGCUUCUGUUUGGCCUGAAAAACGGCGAGCUUCAUCUCUACGAUAACCAGGGUGUGUUCUUGACGAAGCUAAACAUACUCUCGUUGAACACCACGCAGCUCCAGACCAUUGUGGCGCUACAGUGGUACGACGGGAGGAACGGCUACGUGGCUGUCGAUUGUCCGACCCUAGCAAUCUGCUAUCGCAACGGCAGGAUACAAUUGAUGCGAGACACCAGCGAUGACAAUCCUGUCAUGAUGGAGACCGGCGUGACCGCCUCGUGGUGCUGCUGGAACAGUUGCGGAUCUCUGCUGGCGGUAACUGGCAUGAUGCCACUGCUCAGCAACGGCGAGACCAAGGAUAUGAACGUCAUUCAGUUUUAUACACCGUUCGGUGAGCACGUGAGGACGCUAAGAGUGCCGGGCAGGGAGGUGACGUGCUGCGCCUGGGAGAAAGGUUCUCUGAGGGUUGCCCUGUCCGUCGACUCGCACAUAUACUUUGCAAACAUCCGCCUCAAUUACAAGUGGACGUACUUCAGCAACACGGUUGUCUUCACGAACGAAAAAAUCAGUAAGGAUGGCACCUGCGUGACGUUCUGGAACACGAGUAACAACACGUGCUGUACCAAAUACGUGAGGUCCCUGAUAUCGAUAGCCUCGCACGGUGAGCACUGUAUUCUUUCCGUGAGGAAUGACCCCAUGCAAGCCGCCGAGCAGUUUGCUCUCCUCGUCUGCAACACCAUCGCCACGCCGAUAGACUCCAAGUUCCUGGAUCUGGAGCCGCUGCACCUCGCCAUUACCGGUAACGUGGUGGUGGCCGCGUCCAGGAAUAAUUUUCUGCUAUGGAACUUUCGCACGCCCCGUAACUCGACGCUGCACUCAAGCAGAAUGCGCAAGUAUAGAAUCUACCACGUGGACGAGACGCCGACCGGCGUGACGGAAGUGAUCCAAGAUCUCGAUAAGGACGGCAUCUUCGAGGCUCCAAUCAACACAAAGGCCACCGUGGAUCCGAUCUGCUGCCUUCACGCUACCGAGAAGAUUCUCCUGAUCGGCCGAGAGUCCGGGAUGAUUCAACGAUACUCCCUGCCUCAAGUGACGCUCAUGAGUAGACACAACACCGUGUGCAGGUUGCAUAAAAUCGCCAUCAAUUGCGAUUCCACGCGCGCCUCUGUCAUGGACGCUAAUGGUGUCCUUACUAUGCUGGAUUUGGACCAGCAGAAGACGCCUGACUCGCGUGACGGUGGAUCAAGUGAAGAUAUAUCCAAGUUUGAGAGGAAAGAUGUGUGGGCAAUGUGCUGGGCACAGGACAAUCCUGCGCUCUUAGCGAUCAUGGAGAAGACCAGGAUGUACGUUCUGAGAGGAGUGGACCCUGAGGAGCCGAUAGCCUGUUCCGGAUAUAUCUGCUCGUUCCAGGAUCUGGAGAUUCGUUGUGUCUUGCUGGACGAUCUCAUGCUGAAGCCCGACGAGACGCGAAAGGAACUGAUUGUCGAUCUAGAAGUGAAGUCUCUGAGAGACACGAGGGAAUUGCUGGCUAAAGUGGGUUUGAAGGAGGCUAACAAUUUUAUCCAAGAUAAUCCACAUCCGCGCCUGUGGCGUUUACUGGCUGAAUCGGCGUUGACGAAGCUCGAUCUGGAGACUGCAGAAAAUGCCAUGGUGCGUUGCACAGAUUACCUAGGUAUACAGUUCAUCAAACGCCUGCAGAACGUGCACAAUGACCAAUUGAAGAAAGCCGAGGUGGCAGCGUUCCUUGGCAAUUACGACGAUGCCGAGAAACUAUAUUUGGACAUGGACAGGCGAGACCUGGCGGUUGCUCUGCGCCAGAAGCUGGGCGAUUACUUUCGGGUUGUUCAAUUGAUGAAAAUGGGCAUCGGCGGCUCUGAUAAGCAAAUGGAGCACGCGUACAACAAGAUCGGCGAUCACUUUUCCGAGCGACAAAACUGGGAAAACGCGAAAGAGUACUACGAGAAGGGCAGAAAUCUAGAAAGGCUGAUCCAGUGUUACUACAAGUUGGAAGAUUACGUUCAGCUAGCGACCACCGUCGAACAGCUGCCGGACAAGAGUCCAGUCCUGAAGACCGUGGCGAGAAUGCUGGCCUCUGUGGGAAUGUGCCCGCAGGCGGUGGCGGCCUACAUCAAGUACGGCGACGUGAAACUGGCCGUGGACACGUGCGUGCGCUUGAAUCACUGGGACCAAGCCGUCGAUCUAGCGAAGACUUACAAGAUGGCACAGAUCGGCGAGUUGCUGAACAAGUACGCUAAUCAUCUUCUAUCAAACGGCAAACGUUUACAGGCGAUCGAGCUCUACAAGAAGGCCAACUACAACCUGGAAGCGGCCAAGUUGUUGUUCCGGCUUGCCGAGGAGCAAGCCAGAUCCAAGUCGCACCCUCUACGCGUGAAAAAGAUAUACAUUCUCGCGGCGUUGCUGAUCGAGGACCACAUCAACAAUGUUCCCGCGAUAAAAGGCGGGCGCAGCAACGUCGUCAUGGGCCUCAGUGAGAGCAACGAGGACACCAGGAUCAUCGAGAACGCCUGGCGAGGUGCUGAAGCCUAUCACUUUCUUCUACUCGCACAUAGGCAGUUGUUCGACGGCAAUUUCGACGCCGCGAUGAAGACGGCCUUGCGAUUGAAAGAUUACGAGGACAUUCUAGAAGUGGAGGACAUCUACUGUCUCCUGGCCCUCGCGAGCGCGGUUAAUCACGCGUUCGCCACCUGCUCGAAGGCCUUCGUGAAACUGGAAGGCUUGGAAACAAUCUCGGAAGCGAAACGAGAGGAGUACGAGGGAUUGGCGGUGGACAUCUUCACGAAGUACACCCCGAAGGACUCGCGCAACAACAAGGUGGAGUGCGUCAACUGCGAGACCCUGGUGCCCGACUGGUGUGUCGCCUGCCCGAAUUGCUUGACCAGGUUCCCGGCCUGCAUAGUCUCGGGGAAGCCGCUGAUGGAUCUCAGCACCGCGUGGAUCUGCACCGUUUGCAGGCACCACGUCGCGACAGAACGCGACGUCGUUAACAUAAAUGCCUGUCCGCUGUGUCACAGCACUAUCACGUACAUGUAAGUGUGGUGCUCGACGUAGAGCAGUUCGUCAAGUAGAUUCUUAUUUGUGUUAGAGAGUUUCGUGUGAGAAAAUAGAUUGCAUAGUUUUACAUCCCUACAGUAUUGUGCGAGUGGAAGAGUAUAGAAAAUUCAAUUUUGUCUCAUGUCAUUAAUAUUUCACGAUUGUGGAAGAGAUAACGUCAAUACCCAUACGAUCAAUUUAUUAUAAUUUCUCGUAUUAGGGUCAACUGUGAUCGAAAUAUGAGAAAUAAUUUAAGCGCAGCGGAAUAACGGAUGAAUUGCCGUCGUGUUCGUGCCUUAAUCAAGUGCAAUUACCGCCAAUAAGAAUUAUCGAAUCCCCGGAAUACUUUUAAUCGCGUGCCAACUCUUCUCGUUGUGCAUUGAUGUAUCUCUCACAACAGCUGUAAAUAGCAUUUGUAUUGGGGUCUACAUCCUAACGAUGCAUAUUCAUGCGUUUCAUUUUUCGUGCAUACUGAUAACGCGCGGCGUUAUCUGCCAUUAAACAUGUUAAACCGCAUUAAUGUUAAUCGUUCGCGUUGGGCGCUUUGCAUGAGCGUUCGUGAAAUAACGCACUGAUCGAUAGCGAGUUCGAUAAGCGGAUUUCUUCUAACCGAGCGACAAAAUCUAAUCUAACGAGAAUGUAAUUUCAAUUACACGUGCAUUACCGACAUUUCGGAUAUGCACCUGCUAUUACGCUCAGGAUAUAACGAGCAUUUUGCGAGCAAGUUUAGCGAGUGAAUCUUGUUAUUUUCGUCGCGACUGCGAACUUUAUGUAAGCGCGAAUCAUAUUAUCGAGUAGUUUUAAUGUCUCAGUCGUGUGCGAGCGACUGCUUCUAACUCCUGUUAGGAAGUAAUUAGGUUAGAGGCUGCCUGAGUGCGCUCUCUGACACUCGAUCUCCUCGGAAUAUUAUCGGAACAUAUAUUUGUGUUUGUAGUAUUAAUUUUUCGAAGGCGUAACUGACGUUUGAUCAGGAAUUAUGUAUUUUUAAUCCACGCCUUGCGAAUCUCGCCAUUUGCGCUGUGCGCAGCAACGGAGUCCGUCCAACCUUUGUUACUGAUUGACUAGUGCGAUACUCAAGAAUAUUGUUAUUAUUUCUUAUACGAAAUAAAUAUAUGCAAGAUUUGCUUGUGGACACAUUCGUAA